UACAUUAGUUUAUUUUGAAUAGUAAAGCAACCGAUACAAUAACUUUGGACGGGAAUACCGUGACAGGAAUUUCGUUUCAAAAGAAAACACUAUUAUUACGACACUACUGAAAGGAAAUACCGUGCUCAAUCAUGCGAAUAAAAUCAACAAAUGACGUCACGCAACACGACUACAUCCUAAACUCGAAAGAUCCGCCAAAUUCUAUCGACGAAGACAAAAUGCAAAAUGGUCACAUGAAGGAAACAGCGUUGCUAAGCGACAGAAGAGGUCAAAGGCUCGAAUCAUCUCGAAAUCAGACGAACCAACAGCGAACUAAUGAGGAACACAUGGGCAAUGGACAGAAUCACGUGAUACAUCCAACCAACCGGAACGACCAUGAAUUAGCUGUCAGGACCAAAGUGAUCUCAGUGAAGCGUGACAUCCAACCCUCAAGUACGAAUCACAGAACGAAGCCGGCGCCCAUCAUACCACAAGUGAACGUUACACCAACCAGCUUACACGGAGUACCAAAGCCACAGUUGGCCCCAGAACAAAAAGCUGCAAAACAACGAUUUGAGUUCAACAAUAAUAACCCUCCAUCUCCCGGACCAAGAUCUCCAAUUGUGACGACUAACAAUAACAACAAUGCUCACUUCCCUUCUCAACCCGGAAGUAGCGAUUCAAUCGACGGGUCAAGCUCAAUGCGAUACUCCAACGGAAGUUUACCUUCAACACCUGGAACAGCAGGCAGCAGCAGUUUCCCGUAUCCCACGUCUCCUCCUCCUUUGCCUUCGCCUAAUUAUUAUAAUAUGACGUCGCCGACACCAGGAAGCCACAUGUCCAGUUAUGAACGGAAUACAUUUGAAGACGUUAACAGAUUGAGUGCAGAAUUGUCACAAACAACGGUAUCAGCUGCUCCGAAGUUUAUCAGAGAUACCACUUCAUACUGGUAUAAACCGGAUAUAACCAGAGAACAGGCAUUGGCAAUUCUUCGAGACAAACCCGCAGGUUGCUUCGUUGUUCGCGAUUCAAGAUGUUUCCCUGGAGCAUUCGGACUUGCAUUGAAAGUUGAUAGACUUCCCCCUGCAGUACAAGCAAAGGCCGGAGCUGACGUCAUAAACGAAUACGUACGUCAUUUUCUGGUUGAGAUGAGUUCACGAGGGGUCAGACUCAAGGGUUGUCAGAAUGAGCCGAUAUUUGGAAGUCUAUCUGCAUUGGUUUACCAACACUCAAUCACCCCUCUAGCGUUACCUUGCAAGCUGAUCAUACCUACGGAAGAUCAAGCAAUUCCAUCUUCUGAUUCUCAUACCAAUCAGAACGAGGAAGCUGCAGCGGCAGAAUUACUCAAGCAAGGAGCAGCAUGCAAUGUCGUAUAUAUUGGAUCGCUGGAUACAGAGUCACUCACAGGACCAACGGCGAUUGAAAAUGCAAUUACGAAGACGAUGGAAGUUGCCAAGGCAACUAACAAAACAUCGAUUGUUCAUUUCAAAGUUUCACCUCAGGGAAUCACACUCACAGAUAACGAAAGAAAAAUAUUCUUUCGACGUCACUACCCAACAGCUACAGUAACAUUCUGUGGACUGGAUCCAUUAGGAACCGGAAACAAGAAACGACCCGCCCGGAGAUGGGACGCAACGGGUGUACGAGGAACAGCUGACGCAUGGAUCUUCGGAUUCGUCGCCCGAAAACAAAUGGGACCAAGUGACAACACCUGCCAUAUAUUUGCAGAAUUAGACUCGACGCAGCCUGCUCGGGCGAUUGUAAAUUUCGUUUCAAAAGUUCUGAUUGGUUCACACCGACAAAGCAGUCCUUGAUCUAUGUAUUAUGAUUUCACACAAAGACUGAGCAUCACAGUUUUGUGACGUCAUCAUUGAGCAUGACGCCAUAAGAUGUGGCGUAGACAGUCGUCUCAACUGCGACGUCAUCAACGCCUCAAAUACGACAUCACAGUCAGUUCAAAUAUCACGUCAGAGUUGUACUUCGAAAGUUUGUGCGAGACUGAUUCGCGCGAACAUUCGUAUCAAUGACAUCACAGACACUUGUGUAUUACGUCACAUUGUGCAAACACAUAUUUGUUUUCGUGACUUCAUCCUAUAGUGCCCCUGGAGGGCUAAGAAACGAAAGUAUAUUUGUAAAUAUCUCAAAAAUCAUCGUUUAUAUACAUUUUGUAUGGAUAAUUCGUCAGACAUUGUACUCUCUCUCUCUCAAAUAUGGCCCCAAAUGUAAUUCGUGACGUUUUUAAUAUAAAAUAAACUCGCUGUACUCAGAAACUCGAGUGGGACUACAAAACAUGCGGUUACAUACGUGACAUACCUUUAAAUUAUAUACCUCUGAUUGAUUGACUGCCAAGCCAUCAAAAUGCUCAUGCCGUUUCCUUGUUAACGUUUCUAAAAUCAAAUCAAAAAUUUUGACAAAAUCUUUUUAUAAAAUUAGUAGAAAACAUUAUUAGAGUAGUGUUCCUUAGCAAUAUUUUUCUUAUUAUGAGAAACUUGUUAAAAAAAUACUUAUAGAUAAAGCAUUGGAGACAUAUAUUGUAAGUCAGUACACACGAUUCUGUCUUACCUAUUUUUAUGCGUGGGAAUCAUUUGCUAGCGCGAGAUCCAGAUUCUGCUAUUAGUUACCAAAGUUCAAUCUCAUACUUGAACUAAUAAAGAUAAUCUGUAAUGUAAAAUGAUAGCGAGUUACUGAUUUUUUUGCGCGAAAUUGAAUUACUGUUACUGAUUUCUGAUCUGCACUAAGAGUUAAGUAAUUCAAUUAGAAUUAUAGCUGUUAUCCUUAUAUGUCUACGGUACAAAUGAAUAUGGUGUAUUUUGACUUUUUUAUUUUAUUUCUUAUUUUUUUCUGUUUGUUUUAUUUGUUAUGCAGUAUGGUACAUUUUUAAAGAUGAGCUGCAGAUUUACUUAACUGGGCGACUCUUACGUAUACCACCAAACACCUCUUGUUAAUUACAAGGUUAUAGCAGCAAGAUAAUUUUUCGGUACUCCCGUAGUAUGUGUACCAGGUUAGGAUUAGGGCCAUAAUUUUAUUCCGAUUCUCCUUAUUUUUGUUCUAUUACAAUUACAAGUUCGGGGACUGUCUGUGAUAGUCAAGUGAAUAUA